AGCGCCCAGGCGGACCGGGGAGGGCGGAAAGUUUCUCCCCGACGUACGUCAGCGCCCGGCUGGCCGCGGGGAGGCGCGGGACGGGCGCGCGGGCGGCCGGGGACACGCGUGGGACCCGCCCGGCGCCGCGGGCAUGGACGGCGCCGCCUUCACGCUGGAGAAGCCGGGGCCCGGGGACUGCGGCCCGGCGCGCACCAACUUCUCGGUGAGCCACCUCCUGGACCUGGAGGACGCGGCGGCCGGGCGGCUGGCGGCGCGGCCCGGGGCGGGCGCCGGGGCCGAGGCGAGGGAGCCGUCCGGGGGCAGCAGCGGCAGCGAGGCGGCGCCGCAGGACGGUGAGUGUCCCAGCCCGGGCCGGGGCGGCACCAAGCGGAAGAAGAAGCAGCGGCGAAACCGCACCACGUUCAACAGCAGCCAGCUGCAGGCGCUGGAGCGCGUGUUUGAGCGCACGCACUACCCUGACGCCUUUGUGCGCGAGGAGCUGGCGCGGCGCGUGAACCUCAGCGAGGCGCGCGUGCAGGUCUGGUUCCAGAACCGCCGUGCCAAGUUCCGCCGCAACGAGCGGGCCCUGCUGGCCACGCGCUCGGCCUCGCUGCUCAAAUCCUACAGCCAGGAGGCCGUGGAGCAGCCCGUGGCGCCCCGGCCGACAGCGCUGGGCCCCGACUACCUGUCCUGGCCGGCGGCGUCACCCUACAGCUCUGUACCACCUUACAGCCCGGGCAGCUCGGGCCCAGCGACCCCGGGGGUCAACAUGGCAAACAGCAUUGCGAGCCUCCGCCUCAAAGCCAAGGAGUUCAGCCUGCACCACAGCCAGGUGCCCACGGUGAACUGACCUCCGCUCUACCCCCUGCUCGGACCGCCUGGUGGGGAGGGGACAGGUGCAUGGGAAGUGGCCUUUGCCUGUCCCCGUCCCCGUCCCCGGGACAGGCUGGCUGACUGUCCCGCCCAAGCUCCAUCCCGGACUCCUGCAUCCUGGAGGCUGAUGGGACACCCAGGGCCACUCAGCCCCCAGGGACCACGGGGUGCUCCCGCCUUGACCCCUUGGGGCUGUGGUUGGCGGGGCGGGAGCCUGCCGAGGACUUCCUCACUGUGUGUGAACCCAAACGCUCUAUAUGAAAUAAAACCAUUUUUUCAAAA